UGAUUAAAUCAUUGUUUAUCUUUGUUUGCAUUUAGGUUUUAUUCGUGCAAACAGUUCAGAGGGCUGUACAGAAGCGCAGAUUAGAUUGACCUACUUCCCGUAUCACCUGUUUUCGCGAAGGCAUUCGUAGGAGUUUGGAAUCAUUAGAAUAAAUCGAAGAUCAAAAGAAGUUUUUCAUUGAGGAGUUGACAGGACAUGUUAGAGAUAUGCCUUCAGUAGCACAGGCAGAGUAUGGUAUUAAGGAUGUGUGGAUGACAAACCUUGAAGAAGAAUUCAGGAAGAUCAGACAAAUCAUUCAGAGAUACAAAUAUGUGGCAAUGGAUACAGAGUUCCCAGGAGUUGUUGCACGACCAAUUGGAGAGUUCCGAAGUACAGCAGAUUAUCAGUACCAGCUUCUCAGGUGUAAUGUCGACCUUCUAAAGAUAAUCCAGAUUGGCUUCACUUUUAUGGAUGAGAAUGGAAACACGCCAUCACCUAUAUCAACCUGGCAGUUUAACUUCAAAUUUAAUCUAGCAGAGGACAUGUAUGCUCAAGAGUCUAUAGAUCUCCUGACCAACUCGGGAAUCCAGUUCAAGAAGCACGAGGAUGAAGGCAUUGAUAUAUUCACUUUCGCUGAAGCUCUGAUGACGUCAGGAAUUGUAUUGUCUGAUCAGGUCUUUUGGCUUUCAUUCCACAGCGGUUAUGACUUUGGCUACCUGUUAAAGGUGCUCACAGAUUGUGCUUUACCCGAGGAGGAAGAGGAGUUCUUUGCUAUGAUAAAGUUAUAUUUCCACAAUAUCUACGAUGUGAAAUACUUAAUGAAGAGCUGUAAGAACUUGAAAGGUGGUCUGCAAGAAGUAGCCGAGCAGCUUGAAAUUGAAAGAAUAGGUCCACAGCAUCAGGCAGGGAGUGAUAGUCUUCUCACUGGAGCAGCUUUCUUUAAAAUGAGAGAAGUAUAAAAUGACAUCAUGUUUUAAGCUUUU